AUGCAUACUCCGGACCGUCGCGAGAGUGGAGUUGCGCUCUGUGGCCGCAUUGGCCCCCGUACCCGCGUCAUUUCAGUCGCCGUUGAAGAUCUUCGUGUCUUUCAGCUCACCAUGGCGAGCGCGACAUCCCGUCCGCUCGAAUACCUCGAGGGUCUCCCCGGGACGACCUUCUAUAAACUAUACCAACAGCCAUCUACGGCCCUCGCCAUCUUCCGGCGCAUGCUUCCUGACCUUGCAAAAUGCUUUGUCAUGGCUCUGCUCUAUCAGAAGGAUCCUCUUCCUACAGCUGAUCUGGAGAUCUGGGUCAGCUCGGAUAGCAAGAAGGAACGAGACAAUGCGAUCUCAAUAUUGGGCCGACUCCAUGUCCUUUCUACGACUCUCACAGGGGAGAAUGUACGGGCUUACAUGCUCACCAACCCGUUCGCCGCCUCCCUCCGACAAGCUUUGAUGGGCGCCGAAGAUUCCCAGUCGUUCGGCUUGUUCUCCCAAGCCCCGGAACAUCUUCAGACAUCGGUUGCCGACUUGGACGAGUAUGCCAGGCGGCAGUGGGAGGGGGUGAUGGGAUACAUGGUUGGAACGAGUGCUUUCAGUGGACAACGCGAUACGGUCAAUCUCAGCAAGGGCGUGAAGCAGCUUCUACAGGCGGGUCACCUGGUUGAGAUUCGAGGAAAUCGCGUCGAUAUCACGAAAGACGGAUUCGGAUUCGUGCUCCAGGAUGUGAACACCCAGGUCUGGCAUAUCCUGAUUCUCUACGUCGAGAGCGCAGAAGCCAUUGGCAUGGAUAGCGUGGAGGUCUUGUCAUUCUUGUUCUUGCUCAGCAGUCUGGAACUCGGACAGUCAUAUGAUAAAACCCAUUUGACGCCUAAUCAAACCCGCACGCUCGCCGAUCUCACCGACUUUGGUAUCGUGUACCAGAAUGACGCAGAUCCAACACGCUUCUAUCCCACCCGCCUGGCAACAACCCUUACCUCUGACUCCAGCGCCCUAAGCAACCCCGUGACAGGGUCUCUCACUGGCCCAGUCGGCCAGACUAGCGGCUCAGGCUCAGGUUUCAUCAUCAUUGAAACCAAUUACCGACUUUACGCAUACACAUCCUCGCCCCUGCAAAUAUCCCUGAUUUCCCUCUUCACCAACUUGAAAUACCGGUUCCCGAAUCUGGUGACUGGUAAAAUCACCCGACAGUCUGUUCGCAGGGCCAUUGAAAUGGGAAUCACAGCAGACCAAAUCAUCUCAUACCUCCUUUCACACGCCCACCCCCAACUGCGAAAACACAGUGCCGCUCAGCCCAGCAACAAGGGAGUCCCAGCGUCUAUCCUCCCACCCACGGUGACAGAUCAGAUCAGGCUGUGGCAGCUGGAGCGUGAUCGUCUCCGUGCCACGGCUGGAUUCCUGUUCAAGGAUUUCACCAGCCUGGCUGAAUACCAAGGUCCUUGUCAGUAUGCUGCUGAGAUUGGAGUUUUGGUAUGGAAAUCUGAUCGGAAGCGCAUGUUCUUUGUCACUCGGCAUGAACAAGUUGCGAUGUAUUUGCGGAACCAAAAAGCAGGUGGCAAAUGA